AAAGAAUUUUGAAAUAAAAACGAAAGUUUUUUCCCUCCCCGUGGUCAAUAAUUUUGAUGAUGAGUACCGAGAUUAGUAACGGACACUCCCGAUUCCGUGAUUUUCAUCACGUACUUAUAACUGGAGGAGCUGGUUAUAUCGGUUCUGAGAUAGUGACUUUACUUCUAAAAGAAGACUUAGAGGUAACAGUAUUCGAUCUCUUCAACUUCGGGAUUUCAUCUCUAUUGGCUCAUGUGAAUAAUAAAUCACUCCACAUCGUCAAAGGAGAUAUUCGAGAUAAGGAAGCUCUUUCAAAAGCUCUCAAAGAUGUAGACGCGGUUUUACAUUUGGCCGCCAUUGUUGGAUAUCCGGCAUGUGAUGAGAAUCCUCUCCUUGCCCAAACCACCAAUGUCACGGGUACGCAGAUAUUAGUAUCAUGUUUGAAACCACAUCAAAAAUUGGUAUACUCUAGUACAGGCAGUUGCUAUGGUGCCAUUGAAGGGAUCUGCACCGAGGAAACGCCAAUAUCCCCUUUAACCCUGUAUGGCAGAACAAAAGCUGAAGCCGAGGACAUUGUUCUAAACAACGGAGGUGUAUCUCUGAGAUUGGCAACUUUGUUCGGAGUGUCGCCAAGAAUACGCUUAGAUUUGUUAAUCAAUGACUUGACAAUGAAAGCCCUUAAUGAUGGAAACUUCAGCCUCUACCAAGGUUGGUUCAGAAGAACGUUUCUACAUGUACGGGAUGCCGCUAAAGCUUUCCUUUUUGCUCUGGAUAACUAUAAAGCUAUGAGAGGUAUGGCGUUCAAUGUUGGUGAUGAAACGAUGAACAUGACAAAACUUAAUGCAGCUACACAGAUUCAGCGAUUUAUUCCCAGUUGUGAGAUUUCAGUUGGGGAGGGGGAGGACAAAGAUCAACGAGAUUAUGACGUAUCCUAUGCUAAAAUAAAGAAACUGGGUUUCAAUUCUACCAUUUCGUUAGACCAAGGAAUUGCAGAGCUAAUAGCCAUUUUACCAAAUAUGUCACAAGCUGAGCUUAUGGCAAGCAAGAAUGUUUUAUGACGGCAAAUGCGCAACCACAAAACCUACUGAUCGUUUCAUCUGGAUAAUACAUCAAAUAUAAUUCAUUUUCAUGUUUUCGUAUCAUUAAGAAACUGUAAAAAUUUAUUUUGUAAUAAUAAAAUCAUAAGAAAAAUAAAAAGUUUCACAUUGAAGCAGAGUUAAACAUUUUACAGUGUAACAUUUUUACCAAAAUAAGUUUUUUAUUUGGUUUUGGAAUGUCAUUCACCAAUUAUCAAAUACUGAGUAAUUUUUCAGACUGCCUAAAGAAGAGAAUCCAACAAUUUAGAAGCAUUUAAAAAAAUUUUUCCUCAAUUGACAGUUUAUUUUGGUUUUUCUCGAAAGUGCAGAUUUGUAACAUACUCCUUUUAACAUUGAGCACUUCAAUUGAUAUUUUUGUUACACUUUUAAUAGAACCUGCUAAUAAAAGCAAAUUAAAUGGUAUGCAGUAAAUUAAAGUAUAAAUGUCAGAAAUUUGCUAAUAUGAGUAUCUAUGUGGCUCAAAACGUUACCGAUAGGAAGACUAAACUCUGUAGUACAGCAGCUGGUGGUCAUUCAUUCGAGCAUUUUUAAUUUAGUUUUC